AUUUGUAAGGAUCAGGGAAAGUAUAUAUGACGAGGUGGUCGAGUGGGACCCUUUAGUCGGCACUGGUAGACACGCACGAUGCAGCGCUCCACGCACACUUUCCGGAUGAUUCUGCUCACCGGGCUGGCAGUCCUCGGGACAACGAGCGCCGAGAACAAGCCCUCCAUCGCCACAGGCGAAUUCUUGUCGGUGCUGGCUAAGAACGUGGCAACGGUACUGUCGCCGACCCUCGUCGGCGAGCUCCACGACGGACGUCCGAACCGCACGGCGGUGAACGCGACGAUAGCUUUCCCCGUUUCGACGAGGACGGAGUCCGCGGAGGAGUCGGAGGCGACGACGGAGCCGACCAAGUCGUCGAGCCUCGAGGCCGACACGGUCAGGAGUGCGCAGACCCAGUCGGAGGUCCGCCCGGGGAACGGCAACUUUCCGUUCAAUUUCGAGGAGAGCAAUUACCGCUACAACUAUCCGGGGCUGAACGGGCAAGGGCUGGCCGCUCGCCCGGAGGCGUACCCUUCGGGGCCGUUCGCCGGGAGCCCCGGCGGCCCAGGCUACUUCAAUCCUGAUUUUUAUCGAGGCUUUCCAGGACAAACGUCCCCGGAGCCGGGGAAUUCGCAGCGGGGUGAAAGCGUCGGAGGGGUUUCUCCGGUGGAGACGAUCGGCGACGGGCAGCCAGGGCGCUCGCCCGACUCCCUCGAGCCGUCGGCGAGCCCCGAGCGCUUCCGGAGCUUCGACCGUUUUCCUUUCGGCAGUCAGUACUUGGGCGGCUUCCCUAAUUUCCCGGGCCCUUCGUUCUCGUCGCAGCGUCAAGAGGGCCGCUUCGGGCAGCCGCUGGCCGACGGGUUCGCUCCGAGCCUCCGAGCCAACCCGAACUUCGCCAACAAUCCGAGCUACCAAAACCUCGUCGCCGGGAACUACCCCCGGAACGGGUUCCAGCCCUCCGGGGAUUCGUUCGGGCCCCGCCAGCAGGGAUUCCGCUCGAACAACUUCGACUUCUCCGGCCAGCGCUUCCAGAGCCCCUUCGACGGCUUCCCGAGGAGCCUGCAGCGCGGCCCGAACUUUCCCCUCUUCCAUCCCGCCGCCCCCUUCCUCGCGGAGGUCGGAGACUCCGAAAACUUGGUUCCCUCGGUCCCGAGCACCGACCGCCCGGCCAAAAGCCGAGGGGAAGCUUCGACCAGCCGCAUCAGCCCCAAAGCCGACCUCCUCAAGGACGCCACCGUCGUCAACUCCACCGCUGCCCCCGUGACCUCGAAGCCGCCCGAAAUUCUCAGCGUCCAGGGCCGCGUACGCUUCGGCCGACUGCUUUUACCGAGCCUCGACGACUACGACGACUUGAGAUUCCGCCCUGACGAUUUCAGGGAGUAUUUGUUCUCGGCUGAGGACAAAAACAAUACUGACACUCCGAGCACCACCGGCCAGUCGACCGCCAACGACGUUUAGCUCGAUCUUGAGGCCUCGCCGUUCAAUACCCGUUUUUUAACAAUCUCGAUAACCAAAUAUUCUUACUUAACAACUAACGAGACUUUUAUUCAUGUAAGAUAUUGU